AGAACCGCGGUGGAGGGUGCCGAACCAGUCUUUGACAGGGUCUUUGGAUUCGUGAGGGGUUGCGCCCUUUUCUUUGCCAUUCCAGUGUCGUUUUUCAGACUUCCUUGGUCUUCUCUAGGGUCCUGUCGAGGGACCUCAGCCCAGUAGCUGUGCCCUGAGGUUUGGGGUUAGGAAGGAGAUCGCCGUUCUAGGACCACCCUGGUGUUCUCCGCUUUAGAGGGAUUUUAUUUCUUCAAGCAUUUGUCCAGUCAGACAUUUAAAAAUGGCAUCCAAACAAGAAAUAAUGAGUGACCAGCGGUUUAAGAAGGUUACAAAAGACCCAAGAUUUUGGGAAAUGCCAGAAAAGGAUCGAAAAGUCAAAAUUGACAAGAGAUUUCGAGCAAUGUUUCAUGACAAAAGGUUCAAAUUGAAUUAUGCUGUAGAUAAAAGAGGACGCCUCAUCAACCACAGCACUACAGAGGACUUGAAACGUUUUUAUGACCUUUCAGAUUCUGAUUCAGAUCUAUCUGAUGAAGAUGAUAAAGCACUGAACCAAAAGAAAAUGAAGAAGAAAAAACCCCAGACUAACAACAAAAUAGAAUCAAAAAAUCUAGUUGAGGAGAAAAAGAAAGAAACCAAGAAAAUUAAUCAAAAGGAUUCUGGAGAUAAAAAUGAUUUAUAUAACUCUGACAGAAUCCAGAAAAUGAAAAAGUCAUGCAAAUCUAAGAAGGUAGAUUCAAAAAUAAGUCCCAAGAAAGACAGAGAAGAAUUUACACAAAAAAGUGCAACAGAGAAGAAAAGCAUUGUUCAGCAUUGUACAGACUCAUGUCCCAAAGGAAAACUAAGCACAGGAGACUUGGGCCCCUCUGAAAUUGUGAAAUCUCCCAAGGUCAAGUACUCUGACACAAGAAGAGAAAUGCAAUCAGUGAUUCCACUAAUAAUGGCAAAAGACAGUGAUGGUUAUGGAAACUCCACAGGUGGUAGGAUGUUUGACAAAGAUGCUCUGGAGGAAGAUUCAGAAAGUGCUAGUGAAAUAGGUGAUGAGGAAUCUGAAGAUGGAAUUACAGGCACUGGUAGAACUUCAGCUGAUGAAGAUGAUGUUGAUGAUGUUGAUGGAAGUGAAAGUGAUGAGGAGGAUGAAGAUGAGGAUAGUGACGAUGAUGAAAGUGACAGUGGCCCUGAUCUUGCAAGGGGUAAAGGAAAUGUAGAAACUAGUUCUGAAGAUGAAGAAGAUAUGGCAGAUUUACUGCCAGAGGACUCUGGUUUUGAGCACGCUUGGAGAGAAUUAGAUAAAGAUGCUCCUCGGGCUGAUGAGGUUACACAUCGAUUAGCAGUUUGCAACAUGGACUGGGACAGAUUAAAGGCAAAAGAUUUGCUAGCUCUGUUCAAUUCAUUUAAACCUAAAGGGGGUGUUAUAUUUUCCGUAAAGAUAUAUCCUUCGGAGUUUGGAAAGGAGAGAAUGAAGGAAGAGCAAGUUCAAGGACCAGUAGAGUUAUUAAGUAUUCCUGAAGAUGCCCCUGAAAAGGACUGGACUUCUAGAGAAAAACUGAGAGAUUAUCAAUUCAAACGACUCAAGUACUAUUAUGCAGUAGUAGAGUGUGAUUCUCCUGAAACAGCUGGUAAAAUUUAUGAGGAUUGUGAUGGCCUGGAAUUCGAAAGUAGUUGUUCAUUCAUAGAUUUAAGGUUUAUACCAGAUGAUAUUACUUUUGAUGAUGAGCCCAAGGACGUAGCCUCAGAAGUGGAUUUAACAGCAUAUAAACCAAAAUAUUUUACAUCUGCUGCAAUGGGAACAUCAACGGUGGAGAUCACUUGGGAUGAGACUGAUCAUGAAAGAAUUACAACACUCAACAGGAAGUUUAAAAAGGAAGAGCUUUUGGACAUGGAUUUUCAAGCCUACUUAGCUUCCUCUAGUGAGGAUGAAGAAGAAAUAGAAGAGGAGCUACAGGGUGAUGAUAAAGUCAGUGUGGAAGAUGGGAAAACAAAGAAAAAUCAGAAGGAUGAUGAAGAACAAAUUGCUAAAUACAGGCAGCUCUUGCAGGUUAUUCAAGAAAAAGAAAAGAAAGGCAAAGAAAAUGAUAUGGAAAUGGAAAUUAAGUGGGUUCCAGGUCUGAAAGAAAGUGCAGAAGAAAUGGUCAAAAACAAAUUGGAAGGAAAAGAUAAAUUGACCCCUUGGGAACAAUUUUUAGAGAAGAAGAAAGAGAAAAAAAGACUGAAGAAGAAACAGAAGGCUCUUGCUGAAGAGGGUAGUGAAGAUGAACUUCCCUCUGAUGUUGAUUUGAAUGACCCAUACUUUGCUGAAGAAAUUACAAAAAUAGGUAUAAAAGAAAAGAAAAAAUCAAUGAAAUCUACAAAAGAUUGCACAUCUCUAGUGGAAGAUGCUGAAAUAGAAAGACAAAAGGCUGAAAUGGCUUUGCUCGUGAUGGAUGAGGAGGAAGAGAGUAAGAAACACUUCAAUUACAACAAGAUUGUAGAGCACCAGAAUCUGAGCAAAAAGAAGAAAAAACAGCUUAUGAAAAAGAAGGAAUUAUUAGAGGAUGACUUUGAGGUAAAUGUUAAGGAUGCACGGUUUCAAGCAAUGUAUACUUCCCACUUGUUCAAUUUGGAUCCUUCAGAUCCUAAUUUCAAGAAAACAAAAGCUAUGGAAAAAAUCCUUGAGGAGAAAGCCCGGCAGAGAGAACAAAAAGAACAAGAACUUACUCAGACAAUGAAGACAAAAGAGAGUGAAAUUCAAAAGGAAUCACAGAAGAGAUCCAUCGAUCCUGCCUUGUCAAUGUUGAUCAAAUCUGUAAAAAAUAAAACAGAGCAGUUUCAAGCAAGAAAAAAACAAAAAGUCAAAUAGCUCUAUGUUGUUUCUUUUUGGAUUGGGAAUGUGUUCUCCUAAAGUAUAGUGAAGUGAUAGAGGAAAUACUUACUGGGAACAAAGCUAUCUUUCAAGAAUAAGAAUAAAAUCUUAUUCUGACCAUUGUAAAAUUUCUCCCCCUAUAUAACAGUUUGACCUAAUUGUGGAUGAUUGGCAGAUUUGUUCUGUAUAUUUCCACAGAUUAAUCAUAAUUAAUUUAAUUAAAUUGAAAUACGGAAUUUAUAAAAUUUUUGAAUUUUAUGCAAUUCAGCCAUUCUAGUAGAAACUUACUCUUAGCCUAAUUUUUUAAAAGAUUGUUUAUAAUUCUAUGUAAAAAAUAGAGCAGUGCCCAGUUUUUAAGUCUGAAUAAGAAUUACAAUUUGAAAAUAUAUAUAUGCCAUACAUUAAUUUCUCUGAAACAGGAGGCAGAUUUAGGUAUCUAUGUAAAUUAUUUUUCUAGCCAUAAUGGAUAGAAGCCAGUAAUUUUCUUUAUUGUUUGUUCAUGUUUAUUAUAGUUUAUGAAAUUAAUUUGUAAAUAAAAGUGUAAAAUAUUUUUAUUA